GGGUUUGUUGUCACACAAUUGAGAAUGGGAGAUACAUCGACAUUAUAUGUGAUAGUUCCUAUAGUGGUAUUCUUAAAGAUAAUAAUCUGGGUAGCUAUUUGUUAUAGACGUUCAGAUAGAUACAGAAAUUCAUGUGGUAAUCGAGGAAUCAUUGUUGCUCAUCCGACCACAAUUAUUCAACGAACAGUGAUUCAUGGUCCAGCUGACAAUGGUAUUACUGGUAUGGAAAAUCCUGGAUAUAUGCAACAGCCUCCACCUUACACUGAAAUAACAGGUCCAAACUCAACACAAUCAUCGGCGCCACCAGCAUACGAUCAAGUUGUCAAAGCUCCUGGUUUCGCAGAACAAUAUAAUCGGGGAACACCGGGUUAUUAGUGUAUUUUAGUGAAUAUGACUAUUUUCGUUACUGCUUACCACUCACCUGAAUUCAAUGGUAUUUCGGAUUCAUGCAAGUUAUUGUUAUCAUAAUCCAAACAAAUGUACUAUCCAAGACUGUUGUAUUCCGUAAAUUCAUUUAAAAGUCACGGUACACAGUCGAAAGAAUCUACAAAUAAAUAUUUAUGUUAUAUUUUAGAGUUUUGAUUAGCAUGUAAAUUUGUUAUUGACUUUGUAGAAAACUAAUAUGUUUUGCCGACAACUUUCAAUGUAUCCAUGUUACAAAGAUUAUGUUAUAAAGAAAAAAGGGUAAAGAAAGAAGACAGUUUUACAAAUUUAUUUUGAUUGCAGAAUGAUUGCAGAACAAUGAACAAAUAAGCCAUUAGGAUUAACUUUUUGUAUGCCCCACAUGCAUCGCAAAAAUCAUGAGACUAAUUAAGAUAGUUGUCAUAUAUUUUCAGAUUUUUCCUUAUUCAUACAUUGAUCUUAACUUUAUAGUAUAUUCAACAAACAGCAUUCCUGUCAUAUAAACAUGAGACAGGUGUCAAUUAUCAUAAACUAUAUCAUAUCAUUUUGGCAUAAAUCAUGGUAAUACAUUGAUAGUGACCAAAUUAAUCCAUUAGAAAAAUAGCAAUUAUUUACGUAUUUUAAAAAACUUGAUAAGAACAAAUCUGAUGCAGAAUAUAUUAUAUUAAUAUAUUUAUUACAUGUAUAACAAACGACAAGAGAGACCAAGUGGACAAUAAAAUAUCACAAGUCGAGAAGAAAAAAGACAAUACAAUUGCAAUAAGGAAAUGACUUAAAGACAAAUUAGACUAUACAAAACACUAAACUGAGUACUGAGCAUAAAGUACCAUACUAAAAGCCGGAGGUAAUAUCAUAUGCUGCAAAAUUGUAGGCAGAUCCUACUCUACUAGUUUUAUUGUUUAUUUGAAAUGGUAUGCAAUUUUACAUCUGAAGUUUAACCAGAAUAACAAGUCACUGUCUUUAUAUGAUACCUUAUAUUGUACUUCAGCAAUAUCUAUUUUCCGAAAUUGUUUUCUAUUUAGGAUAUUUGCUACUCAGAUUUUCAACUUGUCCCUAAUAAUUUAUUACUUUCAUAGAUCUUUCCAAGGCAGUAAACGAGAAAGUUUUGCAUUAUAUGCAAAAAGACCAUACCUACCGAAUGUUUGUUUACAAAGAAUUUUAUAUCUUGGUUAUUUUUAAUAUAAUUUUUUAUAUAAGUUUUUACAAAUAUUUCACAGACAUCCUUUAUCUACGAAACAACCUGCCCUUUUUUAAUGCAUUUUUUACGGAACCGAGCAUACAGACCUAUCUAUUAGUAUGAUGAAUAAUAUUAAGGGUACAUUUUUGUUCACUUAAUCAACCUAACCCAAUGGUUUUAUUAAUAUUGCCAUCUUAUUUAAAUAGAAAAAAUAACGAAUAGGUGCCAGUUGGCGAGACUAAUGUGUACUUAUAUCUCCAUGUAUUUCUGACUACUGUUGAUCGAAGAUAUGUGUAUAGUUAUUUUGUAUGAUUGUUCAAAACAUUAAAUAUUUUAAUAAAAUUUUAUGAAUUUUACUAUCAAAAGAAGCUAUUUUGAA